CAUCUAUUGAGGCCUCUCUAGACACUUGAGGUGAAGAACAACCCAACUUCUUCAUCCUCUCUCUCUCUCUCUCUCUCUCUCUCUCUCUCUCUCUCUCUGUGUGUGUGUGUGUGUGUGUGUGUCUUCUUUCUUGUGUCUUGAUCUCUAAUGGAGUACUACUGGUGGGAUAGAGUGGUGAUCUUGCCAGUGAGGAGAGUUUGGCUGGCCAUGGCAACAAGGCUGGGAAUCAGGAAAACUGGACUGGGGAAAUUAAGGCAACAAGUGAGGAGUUGUGAGUAUGAGGAUGUGAGAAUCAUGUGGGAGUUGUUGAGCAAGCCUGAGAGGAAGAAGCAGAAGAAGAACAAGAAGAAGAAGAAAAGCAUGAUUAGUAGUACAGGUAGUGCUUUGGUGGCAUUUCACUGGGCUCCUUAUAACCUUUGCAGGAGCUUCUGAUUCAUUUUGCAUUUAAAAAAAAGUUUAAUUUCAGUAUUAUGGUACUGUUGUAGAUACCAUUGGGUCUUUCCAGAGAAGUAUUCAUGCAUGCAUGCAUGCAUUGUUGUUUAAACAAGCAGCAGCUUUGGAUCUCUCUGGUUACUUGUUAUUCUACUACUGUUACUACUAUGUGUUUAAUGGAAUAAAUUUUGCUGUGUGUGUGUAUGUAUCUA